UUUUCUUAUCAGUUAAAAGUCAUAGACGUUUUGAUAGACGUGUCAUGUAUUGAAUAUUAGACAACUCUGGCUUUCCACUUUUUUUAAAAGUAUUUUCUUAGCUUUUUUCACCAUGAAUGAAAUAAUUACUAAAAUAAUUGUAACAUUUUUUUUCAUAUCAACAUGUAACUCGACAUUAUUUGAAAGUGACUCGUGUUAUAGUUUUGGUAGCGGUAAUGUUUUUCCCGGUGGAGCAAGAAAAAUUGACCACAAAUUACAGUUUACAAAGGCUAUGAUCUCCAGACCGGCUCCAGAGUGGGAGGCGACGGCUAUAGUCAACGGAGAAGUUACGCAGCUUUCUUUGUCGAGUUUUAAAGGAAAAUAUUUGGUAUUUUUCUUUUACCCCUUGGACUUCACUUUUGUAUGUCCCACUGAAAUAUUGGCAUUCUCAGAGAGGAUUGAGGAAUUUAAGAAAAUUAAUACAGAAGUAGUAGCUUGUUCAGUAGACUCGCAUUUUACACAUCUUGCGUGGAUUAACACUCCUCGAAAGGAAGGUGGUCUUGGAAAAAUUAACAUACCUCUUAUUAGUGACCUCACACACUCAAUCUCUAAAGAUUAUGGAGUGUAUUUAGAAGAUUUGGGACAUACAUUGAGAGGCUUAUUUAUUAUUGAUGACAAAGGAAUUUUGAGACAAAUUACGAUGAAUGAUUUGCCUGUGGGAAGGUCUGUAGAUGAGACUUUGAGAUUAGUUCAAGCAUUCCAAUACACUGACAAUCACGGUGAAGUGUGUCCUGCUGGAUGGAAACCAGGUCAAGAUACUAUUAUACCUAAUCCAGCUGAAAAAAGAAAAUACUUUGAAAAAGUUGCAGACUAGAAUAAAAAAGUUAUAACUAAAAUUCAUUUAUUCUUCAACUAAAAACGAUAAUGAAAAUUAAUUGAUUUCUUCAAGGUCCUGAUAACAGGCUUAAAUGCAGAGAUAAUUUUUACCUUUAUAUUGAUUAUAUAACUUUUUACUUGUUUUUACUAUAUCUUUAUUAGAUAAAUAACAUUGGAUUAUAUAGAUGUAAGUGUAGAAUUUGUAUUGUAUACUAUAUAUACAAUUUAAACAUGACACAACAAAAGCUUAUUAAAUUUAUAAAAUACUCAAAUCACAAAUUAUCAUAUGUAUUUUUCCAGUAUUAAGACUGAUAUACAAUUUAAUAUUUUAAUCUUAUUAAUAUAAGUAGCUAGUACAUAUGGGGAUGGUAAGACAAAAUAAAUUUAUUUUUGAACAA